CAUAUUUCUAACCCAAGUUUUUUUUAAGAGAAAAAAACUUUGAUAAGUUUUAUUAACUUAAAAUCUUAGUCAGUUGGUGGACUAUGUCUGGUCGGCAAACGUUCUAGGUACAGCAGUAUGUCAUCCUCUGAACAUUCAGAGAAAAAUUGCAAGAUUCAUCCACUCUGUUCAAGAUCGUUUUCCCUCAACGCCCAUUUACCUCGACGCCCUUUUAACUGCGAAAAUGCGCGUCUAGAGACCUACGACUGCAAAAGCUGUGAAUUUCAAACCGAGCUGAUAUGUUUUUACAAACACCACCUCAAAAACGUACACACCGUCAAACAACAGCAUCGCCAAGAAUGCACCAUUCAAGAGUACCUUUGUCGAAAGUGCCCCUUCACAACCCACUUUUCGAUGAAGUGGCUUCAACAUGCUUCAAUUUGUGUGGGGGCCAAGACUAAACCAACAAUGUCUCUAAACAAAUCCGCGCCCCAUCAUUUGGCCGGCAAAGUCCAAUGGUUCAAGUGUAACCAGUGCAACCACAAAACCAAACACAAAAAAUCUUUGAACCGACACAUGAGGACACAGCACCUAGAUGAAACCCUGAUCAAGUGGUUUAAAUGUAGUGAGUGUCCGUACAAAGCGAAACACAGCACUUCUUUGAAAAACCACAAGUUGCGCCAUUUGGCAGAAACGGAUAUACAGUGGUACGAAUGCACGAAGUGUGAGUUCAGAACGAGGCAAAAGCAGUGUUUGAAAAGACACAUGGAUGCGCGACACUUGGAUGAAAGUAGUAUUCAGUGGUUUGAGUGCGAAAAGUGUCCAUAUAGGGCUAAGAGCAACCGCUAUUUAAGAAAGCACGUGAAUAGCCACCAUUUGGACGAAAAAGACAUUGUGUGGUAUCAAUGUGAGCAGUGUGACUUUAAAACAAAGUGGAGUUGUAAUUUGAGACAACACACCGUGCGUCAUUCGGAAGAAAGUGAUAUUAAGUGGUAUGCGUGCGGAAAGUGUCCGUUUAGAACUAAGUGGACUUCGAGUUUAAAAAAACAUGUGCGUGAAAAGUGUCCCUAUAAAACUAAUUAAAAAGGGGAAAACGUCCAUUUACAAUGUCGUUCGAUUCGGAUAAGUUUAUGGUAAAACUGAGAGCUUCCUGUAAAAAUACUCAUCACUGUAAAAUUUGCCCCUUCUUUACAACGUCUCUUUGCCUCAUGGUAAGCCACCUGAAAGACCACCCAUCUCUCCAACAGUUCGACUGUGAAACCAAUAACAUUGGAUUUUAUUCCUGUUUGAAGUGUGUUUUCCAAACGGAGUUAGCAACUGUGCUAAAACAACACUUUCAAGCCCGUCAUACCAACAAGAAAGAACACCCAGAAGAUGAGAAAUACGUCAUCAAAAGCUACAUUUGUAAAAAGUGUGAAUUUGAAACCCAUUUUGCGAUGAAAUGGUUCCAGCAUACCAUCGGUUGUCUCAUAAUCAAAAAACCGCGUGCUGCAGACAAAAAAUGUCAAAAAUGCCCAUACAAAACCAAAAAGAAUUCAACCUUAAGAAGACACAUAAUCUCUCGACAUUUAGACGACAGCGCCAUUAAAUGGUACAAAUGUGACGACUGCCCCUACAAAGCUAAACAAAACAGCCAAUUGAAAAGACACAUAACCACGCGCCACCUCGAAGAGCACGCCAUAAAGUGGCACAAAUGUGAAAAAUGCCCGUUCCAAACUAAACUCAAAGGCAACUUAAAAAACCACACGAUUGCUCGCCAUUUGAACGACGAAGACAUCAAGUGGUACAAAUGCGAACAGUGUCCGUACAAAGGUAAGAGAAGCUCGAACUUGAAACAACACAUAAUGGCCGCACAUUCAGACGAACAAGACAUAAAGUGGCACGAAUGUCAACAGUGUCCAUAUAAAAGUAAACACAAAGGGCACUUGGAGCGUCACGUCGUCAUGCACCAUGUGGACGAAAAGGACAUGAAAUGGUACGAGUGUAGGGAGUGUCCGUUCAAAACCAAAAGCGCGUCGUCGUUAAACGGACACGUAAAUUCGCAGCAUUUGGACGAACGGGAUAUUAAGUGGUUUCAGUGUGAAGCGUGUCCGUAUAAAGGCAAAAGGAAGUAUCAUUUGAAAAGACAUGUGAAUGCUCAGCAUUUAGAUCAACAUAGAUUACGGCGAAGUUAAAUUUAAAUAGCGAGAUAUUGACACGGAUGUAAAGCUCGAAAUUUUUGUAAUUGAAUAAAGUCGUGUUGACAAAA